GGUGGACACGGCCCUCGCACGAGUCAGGCAUCUUUCAGUGGGGUGGGGAUUUGGUAAAUUGAGCGGUUGCUGGGAAAGAAAACGCUGGAAGAUGAAGAAGCCCUCUGAGAAAGCCUCUGGGAAAGGCCAAUCAAAUUCUAAAAAGCCGCCUCCUAAGAGAAAACCAAGUCAGGGUUCAGUUGAUAUAUAUGCUGCCCAGUGCCAAGAAUGCUUGAAAUGGAGGGUGAUUGAUACACAAGAGGAGUUUGAAGACAUUAGACAAAAUAUCACUGAGGAACCUUUUUACUGUAACAGAAAGCCAAAUACAUCUUGUGAUGACCCUGCUGAUAUCGAGUAUGAUGCCACUCGAACAUGGGUCAUUGAUAAGCCUAACCUCCGAAAGACUCCUGAAGGUUUCAAGAGAAGCUUGGUGCUGAGAAAAGAUUACUCUAAACUGGAUCCUUACUACAUAACCCCCUCUGGCAAAAAGCUCAGAACCCGCAAUGAGAUAGCGUCAUAUCUAAAAGAGCAUCCAGAAAUCAAAGACGUCUCCGCUUCUGACUUUGAUUUUGCAGCCCCGAAGAUAAUGCAAGACACUAUUCCAGAGAUUGUUGGGAAGAAGGAUUCUGCUAAAAAAAAGAUCAAGAUGUCCAAUGAUGAUAAUCAGGUAGAACUGUAGAAGUAUCGUCAUGAGCAGUAGAUGAUGGAUGGCCUUUUUGAUUGGUAUGUUGUUUCUGGGUCGAGCCAGUUUGAGGCAAUGAAUUCAAGCCAUUUCAUAGCUGUUUUAUUCUGAAAUAUUCUUGUGGUAUAUAAGAAGUUUUAGAAACCAAUCUCUAUCUAUCUUAAAUUUGUGGAUUCCGCUUCAAAUUGCUUUCUAACUGGGCUUUACUCAGUUUGAGGA